UUCCUGGAUACCUACGAGACCCGACUGCGUGACUCCGUGACGUGGAAGUGGGAAGCGCUUCUGCGCAGACAGCCCGGGAGACGGACGGUGAAGUGGCUGCAUAUAAUAUCCGUGGAAAAGGUCUGAGAGAAGUGUGGAACAGCUCCCGUUUUACUCGCUUUUCUUGUGUUUUUUUUAUUAACGUUCCCGGUGUACCAAAGCGCCGCUUGACGUUCGCGCCCGAGCACCUUUCAACCGGAUUGGAGAUCCGCAUGUUCAUCUUUUAUUAGUCCUACCCUUUGGACACUUGGAUUAUGGUCGUCCUGUCUUAUGUGAAUGGUUGAAAGAGUCGCCCGGAGGUCCUCGUCUCAAGAUGGGCUCCGUCUUUCGGAGUGAAGAGAUGUGCCUGGCGCAGCUGUUCUUACAGUCCGGUUCGGCGUACGACUGCAUCAGCGAGCUGGGCGAGCUCGGCCUGGUGGAGUUCCGAGAUCUCAAUCCCAAUGUAACAUCUUUUCAACGGAAGUAUGUUGGGGAAAUAAAAAAAUGUGAAGAAAUGGAACGCAUCUUGGGUUAUUUGCUGAGGGAAAUUAAGAAAGCAGACAUCCUACUUCCAGCUGAAGAAGUUACCCCUGUGGCCCCGGUUCCUAAAAAUGUGCUGCUGAUUAUGGAGCAACUACAAAAGCUUGAAGUUGAGAUAAAAGAGGUAACCAAGAACAAGGAGAAACUGCAGAAGAACCUGUUGGAGCUGACAGAGUACACUCACAUGCUUAGAAUCACGAAGAACUUCAUCCAGAGGACUGCUGAGCAAGAGCCAUCGCACCUUCAGUAUGAAGAAUUUCCCUCUCUGGAGAAGGACUACUUGGUGGACUAUUCAAAUAUGCAGAGGAUGGGAGCCAAACUAGGGUUUGUGUCCGGCUUAAUCCACAGAGUAAAAAUUGAAGCUUUUGAAAAAAUGCUGUGGAGAGUGUGCAAAGGCUACACCAUCCUCAGUUAUUCGGAGAUUGACGAGUACAUUCAAGACUAUGACACAGGGGAAAUUACAAAGAGUGUUGUGUUUUUAGUUUCUUAUUGGGGUGAACAAAUCGGACAGAAGGUGAAGAAGAUAUGCGAUUGUUAUCACUGCCACAUCUAUCCAUAUCCCAGCAACAGUGAUGAGAGGAAAGAAGUCGUUGAAGGGCUGAAGACUCGUAUUCAGGAUCUACACACUGUUUUAAACAGGACUGAAGAUUAUCUGAAACAAGUCUUAUGUAAGGCCUCAGAGUCCAUUUACACCUGGGUGAUCCAGAUUAAAAAGAUGAAGGCUAUCUAUCACAUCCUGAACUACUGCAGCUUUGAUGUCACUAAUAAGUGUCUCAUUGCAGAGGUCUGGUGCCCAGUGAAUGACCUCGCAUCUUUACGCCGAGCACUUGAAGAAGGAUCAAGAAAAAGCUCAGCAACUGUCCCAUCCUUUGUGAAUCGAAUCCCAACCACAGAGACGCCCCCCACUCUCAUCCGCACAAACAAGUUCACCUCAGGAUUCCAGAACAUUGUUGAUGCCUAUGGAGUUGGUAACUACAGAGAAGUCAAUCCAGCCCCGUACACUAUUAUCACAUUUCCUUUCCUUUUUGCUGUCAUGUUUGGGGACCUUGGACAUGGAAUAUUAAUGUUCUUAUUCUCUCUCUGGAUGGUGAUCUUUGAAAAUAGUCCUAAACUAAAGAAAAAUGGCGGAGAGAUCUGGAAUACUUUCUUUGAUGGCAGAUACAUCAUCCUGUUGAUGGGCCUCUUCUCAGUUUAUACUGGCCUAAUCUACAAUGACUGCUUUUCAAAGUCUUUAAAUAUAUUUGGCUCUGGAUGGAGUGUGAAAGCCAUGUUUAAAGAAAACCAUUGGAGGUUUGAAGAUCUUUCAAAUGGCUACUUAUCCCUUGAUCCUAAUGUCACGGGUGUCUUCAAUGGACCAUAUCCUUUUGGCAUUGAUCCGAUCUGGAACAUGGCAAAUAACAAGCUUAGUUUUCUGAACUCUUACAAAAUGAAAAUGUCAAUCGUCCUGGGUGUUGUUCACAUGACAUUUGGAGUCAUUCUGGGACUCUUCAAUCAUUUGCAUUUCAGAAAGAAGUAUAACAUCUACCUGGUAUUUCUCCCUGAGCUCCUCUUCAUGCUCUGCCUUUUUGGGUACCUUGUGUUUAUGAUCAUAUAUAAAUGGCUGGCAUUUUCAGCUGAAAACUCCAGGCACGCUCCAAGCAUCCUUAUUAAUUUCAUCAACAUGUUCCUUGUCAAUGGAGGGGAUGGUGUUGAGACUUUGUACCCUGGUCAGAUAGGACUGCAGGUGUUCCUGAAGGUGGUCGCCUUCUCAUCUGUCCCUGCUUUGUUUCUGGGCAAGCCUCUGUACUUGUACUGGAUGCACAAUGGAGGCAAAGGAUUUGGAGCAUACAGAGGUGGUUAUGAGUUGGUGCGCAGAGGAAGUGAAGAAGAGCUGUCACUAUUGAGAUCUCAUGAUAUGGAAGAAGGACUAAGCCACAGUGAUCAUGGGAUAAACAGAGACACAGAAACAGAGGAGUUUGAUUUUGGAGAGACUUUCAUGCACCAAGCAAUUCACAGCAUCGAGUACUGCCUUGGCUGCAUCUCAAAUACUGCCUCUUACCUCCGCCUCUGGGCCCUCAGCCUUGCUCAUGCUCAGUUGUCUGAAGUUUUAUGGGCAAUGGUGAUGAGGAUUGGUCUCAAAGUCGACACCAGCUUCGGAAUUGUAUUACUAAUUCCAGUAUUUGGAAUUUUUGCUGUACUAACUGUGGUGAUUCUCCUUAUUAUGGAAGGACUUUCUGCUUUCCUUCAUGCACUGCGAUUGCACUGGGUGGAGUUCCAGAGCAAAUUCUACACUGGUGCUGGGGUCAAAUUUGUUCCCUUCUCCUUUAAAUUGUUGUCCUACAGCUUUGAAUAUGAUGGACUUCACUGAAAUAUCAUACAGUUUCAGCUGAAAUGUGAACAUUUGAGAACUGACAUGGCCUGCCUGAACUGCUUUUGUUUUAAAAGAGGAAGAGAGGCAAGCAUUUUGUCUUAUACUGAACCUCACGGCUGUACAGAUUUUGUACAAAACGAAGUUGCUGCACUGAUGACCUUAUUCAAGCUGGUUUUGUCCAUAUUUGAGAUCUGGAAUCUCUACUGCUGAAAUCCAUCUUUCAUCAUUGAUCAUUUUUGCUGCCAUUUUUUAUUAAUUUUGAAAAGAAUAGGCUUAUUCUUAAUUUAGGGAUGGGGAUAGAGCUAUAUUUUUACAGAGGAAUACAAAGUCAUUUGUUUAAUAAUUCCAUAAUCUAAUUAGAAUGUUUUCUUUUUUUUUUUAAUUAGAUACCCAUCUAAGAUUGUUAGAACAUCAGCAGACCCGGUCUUUAUUAGAUGAAGACAAUCCCAGAGUAACGUGUUCUGUAAAUAACUUGUAAUUAGCACAUACUUUGCAGCUGCCAUUUUAAAGGGUUUUAUAACAUUUUAUUCUUUACCUGAUAAGUUAAUAUAUUUCAAUAUUUUAAUUGUAGUCCACAGUGAUACUUGUGUGACCCGCUCUUUCUGAAUACACUCAUUUUGUCUUCCUUUUCAAAAAAACCUGCCAUUUGAAUUUGAGGCUUCACAGCGUAAAAUAAUGGCUUCCAUUUUUUAUUUUUAUAAUAAAGUCAACCAAUGUAACUGGCGUCUUUAGCACAUAGAUUUAAACCACCAAAAAUUGCACUAAUUUUCCAAUUUUUUUUAAGAACUGUUUAUUGAAUGUAGCAGAGGGGGAGAUGGAUUUCAAGCAUUCCGAUAUCAUGGUAUGGAUGCCCCACCAUCAGUCGAGUAUACCGUAUUUCACCAAGUAGGCUGUGGUUUUGUAGAAAAUAAUUUUCAGAUACAGGUAAAAGUUUACAACCCUAAUGGGUUUUAUAUGGAUCCAAUUAUGUGAAAUGUUGCUGUAUCUUGUGAAAGGUAUACUGUAAUUACUGUACUGUUGGAUUCUGGCUUCAGGUAAGCUGUGGUAAAAAAACAAAGUCUCUGUCUUGCAGCUCAGCAAUUAAAGAUGAUGUGUGUUGUGUGCCUGUACAUGGCAAGGAGAGAGAGAUUUUCAAUCUUUUUUCAUUGCUAACAAGUGGUACACAUAAAGAAACAAUGUGCCAUAUGAUGGUUUUAUUUGCUCAGAGCUGGUGGCCUAUGUGUUGCUGCUGUACAUCCUCCAUAAGCUAACAUACAUGCCUUUUAUACAGCGUAAAUGGUGUCCACCUUUUCAAAACAAAGUGCACUUGUUCUGUUCUUUGAUUGCAACAAUCUCUUUAAAAACAGAGAUGAAAACUAAACCAAUGUCAAAAUUAAAAACUAUUUAAACCCAUGAAA